CGGCUCGCGUAUAAGGAAGAAACAACCAUGCUUCUUCUCAUCUGCUUGGCGUUCGUCGGUCUGUGUGCUGGACAACUCGUACAGCAAACAAACUUUACCAAUAUCUUCGAGCAAAUUAUCGACACUAACAAGAACAAGAUUCUCGACCUCCCCGAAUUCAAGGCCGUCGUCCUCCAGGACGAUCUGAACAAGGACGGCAAGGUGUCCUUGCCUGAAUACCAGAAGGGAAUUGGAGGCACGGGGAAAGGACCAGCUGCCCUCUUCGCCCUCGUCGACCCCAACAGUGACGGCUUUGUUGACGUUUCAGAAUUGCCUGUCAUCCUUAGCAGCUUCGACGUCGACGGCGAUGGCAAGGUCACGGAGGGAGAAUUUAUCAAGAAAUAUAGCGAACUUUACUAUAAGGCCUUCGGUCUUCCGGUUUCCGUUGGUAAAUAGAUGUCACUUUCAUGAAUAAAGCUGCUUCAACAACC